GAGUCGCCAACAGCAUUGUCUCAGCCCGAUUUAACGCUCGCCGUCUCUUUUGCUUCACAACGAUCUCUUUCCUCCGUCGCCACCGCAAUUGCCUGUCUCAGAUCCACUCGCUCCCCCUGCCGAUUCGAAGGACUCGAGCCUCUUCUUCCCCCAACCGAUCGAUGGGCGUGGCGAGUUCCUUGGUACUCCCCUGUGCUCCAUUCUUUCCCGCUGGGGUCAUCUGUUAGGUUAUCAAGCAUGCUCCUGCUGAGAUUUCGGAGGCGCUUUGGGAGUUUUUAACAUAUCUGGUGAUUGAGUUUGACUUGGACAACUCAACUGGUAAUGCACAAGAUUGUAGGAUAAACGAGGCUAAAACGGGCUUUUAUUUUAUAUCUGCGUUGUAGGAGACAAUGAAAUCAAGAUCUGUCAACAAUGGCCAAAGAUUUGAUAUCUGCUGAAGUUUUGAAGGCAGUGUUCACUCUGCUUGAUGGUGAAGAUCUAGUUUCAUGCAUGCUUGUAAGUCGUCAGUGGAGAGACACUGCCAGGGAUGACUACUUCUGGAAGUGCAUCUGCACCAAGAAGUGGCCUUCCAUUUGCAAAAGACCUCCUCCAGCCAUAAGUUACCACAAGCUCUUUUUGACUUUUUCUAGAUCCCAACCCCCUCAGCCCCUUCCUCCAUCAAGGCUUUCCUUCAACAAUUUGGAAUUCUUUAUUGACCUUUGGUCUGAACAGACUCUGAUAUUUUCUGAAGCUGUCUCAGGCACUGUGCUCCGGAGAGGGUUAAAGAAUCCACCUCCAGGAAUACCUGAUGCACUCAAGAUUCAUCUGGACAGUACAGAUUACAAGAUGAUAAUGCAAGUUGAGCCAAGAUUUUCUUUUCCACUUGGGCAGACGAUCAUUGUGUCUGUUCUUGUGAGUCGCAAAGACACAAAUCAGAUAGCACGGAUUGUAAAUCAAUCCCUCUUUGGAUAUGUUGAUGGUAAUGCAUUUCGUGCACUGGCUUACGACUACCUAAUCUUUGCACCAGGACAUCCAUUCAUAUCCGGAAUCAGGGCUUGGGUUUCCUUGUUAUUCAUGGCGAACACCGCUCACAGUAUCACCGAUGUCUUUGGCAUUGAGAUAGACUUCUGUGAUGCUGCAAACUCUGAGAAUGAAGUCCUGUGGCUUCUGGACAUGCUUGAUUGGAAAUACAUCUGAGCUACAUUUGCUGUUGAAUGUAAAAAAGUAUAAGCGUCAAAUCAAAUUGUGGAAUGUAAAUGAGAGAUGAUACUCAAUAUUUUGGAACUUGAGUUAAAAUAAACUAGAGGCAGAGUAUUGUCUACAGCUGAUUGUUUGUAGUCAUUUUAAGCUAGUGCUGAUAAGGAACUUAGACUUGCAUGAUUUUUGUAGUACAGCUGAUAUACUCUUGGUUAUGUGCAGGCUUCAGCUCAGGUUUGCUGCAAUGUCACAACUUGAGUUACAACUGAAGCAUGUGCUACACAUCAAAGGGCCAGAAGGGGUUGGGCUCCAAGGCAUUGUCCUUAUAGAUGUGUGCUAGAUCAGCCAGUUGUGACAUAUUUCUCAAGAUCAUGGUAAUCCUUCUCAACCUAAAGCUUCUUAUGGGCACAAGCAAUGGUUCACUUUUCUUUAAUCACAACUUGUUGAUGUACUGUUUAUGAUGUCUUUGUUAGCAACAUUGGCCAUUCCCAUGAAAGCGAUCACAUCAGUUGAUCUUCAAAUGGCCAUUCCCAUGACGUUUUGGAGGUGUUAGAGUUUACAAACAAUAACUUAACAUCAGUUUAGUAAGAUUCUAGCGAUCAUUUUUGUUGAGAAGACUCAAUGCUGAUACUCUUAGGCAACACUGUACAUUUUCUAAUAUCUAGUUUAAUUGGCUUGGUGAAAAUUAAUAAUACUGAGAUAACAAAACUGCUCCAUUGUCA